AGAAACCUAGAUUCAGCAGGCCAGAUUCUCCUACAACCUCUAGACUAACCUAAGCCAGUGCAGUACCGUUCGAAAUAGCUACUUUACUCCAGCACUAUUGAGCAAUAGUGAAAUAUUUUCAACAGCCAUGGCGUCUGUUCCUGGAGGUGCGGUAGAGGGAAACCCGUCGGGGAUGCGGGCGCUUGUAGCUAGAUUCCAGGAGUCUUAUCGGAACGCGAUAGCGCAGCAGCGGCCAUGGAGCGAGCUGACGGAUCGGUCGCUGUUCGCCAGACCCGAUAAUCUUAACGACGCUCUUGGGAGGCUUCGCAAGAACACGAGCUACUUCCAGGCGAAUUACCUCUCGAUCCUCAUCGUGGUUAUUGUCCUCUGCAUGCUUUGGAAUCCGACUGCCAUUCUCUGGCUAGCUCUCCUCGCAGCUGCUUGGAUUUAUAUUUUCAUGGCUCGCACCGACGCGCUGAUCAUCGCUGGAAGGACCCUUAACGAGCGUGAGAAGUUUCUCGCCAUGGCAGUCAUAUCCAUCGUCAUCGUCUUCGGGCUGACGUCAGUCGGAUCCAUCCUCAUGUCAGGCUUGGUGAUGGGAGCUGCUGCGAUCGCAUUGCAUGCCGCCUUCAGGGUCCCUGACGACCUUUUCCUGGAUGACAAUGAAUCUGGAAGCUUCCUGUCGUUCCUUGGAGGAAGAAGUACAGUCCCCAUUCCAACGGCCAUCUGAGAAGUAUGCCUCCGCUUGUCUGUCAGAUCCAGCUUUGUCGAGGCGUCCACAACUGCUUUGCCAUGCUUUCCUCUGGUCCCUGGCUCAUCACGAUGUUACGUUCCUCUCUCUUACCCAAUAAAUGGUAUUGCUUACCGGUCUAUUAUAUUUGCUGUUACGAAGCAGUACACUAUGCAACCUCACUGUUGAAGUACUCUGUUCUGUACUUGACCACCUUCAUAAACUCAUAGGAAGUAGUGUAUGUUUGUUGCCAAAUCGAGUUCUU